AUGGACCGCUUCUCGUCUCACCCUCCAUGGCGCCCACGAAGCCACAUCAUGACCUUUAUCAAAACGCUACACCUUCUAAACCUCGAUCUCCUGCCGGACUUCCCUCGCAUCUCAGAGUCUACAUUCCGCACGGCGACCAGUUCGAAAUGCGCUCCAAGCACAAGCACACCAAUGAUACAAAAUCGCGUCAAAAGCGUAGAAUGGGCUUUAUACCGACUGUUCGAAUUGUACGACCUGGAGGAGACGCGAUCGAAGCUCUCCCCACAUUUCCCCCCCACCGCACCGAUUCAGUCCCUCAAUCUGCGGGCAGCGCUGUACAAGGCGUUGAUGGAGCUCAAGAAGAAUGGGAUAUUGCCGAGGGACACGGUCCUGCGAAAGACAAUGCUGGAUGAGUGCAAAGGGGACAAGUUUGAGGAGUUGCUGUCGGCGUUUGCGAUGGUGGUGUUGAGGCAGAGAAUAGCGAGCCCAAUAACGGGAAAGACAAAGCAGAGAGGGACCGAGAAGAGCAUUGUAGCCCAGAUGACGGAUUCAAAGCCACAGGCUUUUUGGAAGGAACAAGAUGCCGAGAAUAUGGUCCCACUGAUUCUCGCACAUCGUGUCUCCUUGCAACAGUCCCUCCGUCACAGACAGAAAAUCCGAGAAAAAGCAACCGCCUGUAUCAGUCAUCUUGAAGCAAAACAAAGGGACAUUUCGAGAAGACUACAAAUUGCAUCCCAGCCGGAAGACGACAUCGAGGACAUGCCUCCACAAACUUAUGAAGCACUGCGAGAACAAGUAAACCACGCGUUUGCCGCCGCUGAUCGUCGAUGGGCAACGUAUAUAUUUGACGGCAAUCCUUCGGAUUCGAAUUCUAUGUCUGUGCCGAAUGUCCCGAAGUGGCCCUUUGACGAGCCUGAGCCUGACCAAUCUGUGCAUGAAUUUGGUGAUCCAACUGGAGGUACCGGCGUGAACGAAUUGAUGAAGCAGCUGAAAGCUCGCAUAUCAAUGCACCAUGAUCGAGCAGCAAAGUUGAAACAGCUGCGUGAUGCUCUGCGCGCUGAAAUCGAGGGACAGGAACAGGGACAGGAGCAUCUCGUUCUUCCGCCGAAAGAUGCCUCUAGGACAAACACAACCAUCACCACAGACCCCGCCACUGACGGACUCAAGAUGCGGCAAUUCAAUAAACACCAAACUCUAACGCUUCAAAGCUUAGCCUAG